AUGGAACAGUAUCAGAAUCAGUACGGUGCUGCUACUAUCAGUAAGGAUCCUGUUCAGCAGGAAAUGGAGACCACCGGAGACACCACCGGAGUUGGGUUUGGUGGCGGCGGUGGCGGUGGAAGUACACAAGUCAUAGCUGAAGAUUAUGAUACCAGAAAUAGCAAUUAUGAUAACAGCAACAGCAACAACAGUGGAGAGAAGCAGAAGAAAGGAAUCAUAGAGAAAAUAAAAGAGAAGCUUCCUGGGACUGGAACACAUCAACACAAGUAG